AUGGUAGAUUUUCACUAUUGGUAUAGAGCUUCUAUUACACAAGCUUUCCUUGCUGGGAUUAUUUCUUUCACCCAACCAGGUAUCUGGACUGCUUUAUCUAAUUUAGGUGCUGGUGGUUUAUCAUCAGUUACCACUGCUUAUAUCGCCACAUCUGUUUCUUAUGGUUUGAUGGUGGUUUUAUCUGCUCCAACUGCUUAUUUAAUGAAUCGUUUUGGUAUUAGAUUUGUUGUAUUUGUAGGUUGUUUUGGUUAUAUCUUCUAUUCUGCUGGUUUAUACUUAAAUUCUAAAACUGGUGCUCAAUGGUUAAUUAUUCUUGGAGGUUUCCUUUGUGGUGUCUCCUCAGCUCCUUUAUGGCAAGCUGAAGCUUUAAUUGCUUUGAAUUACCCAGAAAAACACAGAAGAGGGUUAUUUAUCGGUAUUUGGCAAGCUUUGAAUAAACUUGGUUCAAUUAUUGCCGGUAUUAUUGUUACUAUUUUGAAUGUUAAUUCUGACAAAUCAGGUAAAGUUUCAUUGAAUACUUACGUUGUUUUGAUUGCCAUCCAAGCCACUGGUCCUUUCUUAGCUUAUUUAGUUGCUCCACCUGAAAAAGUUAUCAGAACUGAUGGUACCAAAGUCCAUGACAAUAGAACCAAUGAUACUUUCAUGCAAUCCUUAAAGAAAUUCUGGAACAUUUUAACUAGAAAAGAAAUCUUGAUUUUAGCUCCUUUAAUGUUGACCAACUCAUGGUACAAAACUUGGCAAGGUAAUUAUAUGGUCCACAACUUCAGUGUUAGAGCCAGAUCAUUAAACGUUUUAUUGAGUUCAGCUUGUUCCGCUAUUGGUGAUUUAGUCGGUGCUUGGGCUUUAGAUUACCCAGGUGUUUCCAACAAAGUUAAAGCUAGAGUUUCUUGGGUUGUAUUUGCUGCACUUUUCUCAGGUUAUUUCAUUUGGGCUUUUAUUUCUCAAGGUCACAUUCAAGCUAACGGUAUAACUGAUAUUGAUUGGCAUGGAUCUUCCUUCUUUGCUGCUUCAUAUGUCCCAUUCGUUAUUUUCAAAAUUCCUUGUGAAUUGGUCUUCAACUGGAUUUGGUGGGUUGUUGGUUUAUACGGUUACAGACCAUCUGAAAUGAGUUAUGUUAUUGCUGUUAUCAGAGGUCUUGAAUCUUUGGGUGGUGUUUUAUCUUAUGUUGUAGGUGUUGUUAACAAGAAUGAUACCACUAACUUGGCAAUUUCCGCUGGUGCUUUCUGGAUUGUCCUUCCAUUUGCUACUUAUGUUGCAUGGACUGUUCCAGAUGCUGUUGCUCCAGAAGACAUCGAAGAUGAAGAAUUUGGAAAAGUUCAAAUUGCUUCUGACGAUUCCGAAGCAGGUAUUCCAGAAGAAAAGGUUAAAGACCUGCUGGUUUCUUUAGUAAAGAAAGUCUCAGACGAUUCUGAAUAG